CUUUAGUGGUAUCCGUAGGUUCUCCGUAUUCUGUAUCCGUAUCCUCAGCGGGCAUAGCCUCUGACUUGGUCGGUAAAUCCAAGAAACAACUGGAACCGACAACCCAAUUGGCUUGUCUCUGAGGUCUUGGUAUUUCGGUCCGAACGAUCUUGGGCUGGGCAGGACGACACGACGCCCAAAUAUGGCCUGCAGACGCGAUUGAAGCCCAUAGACGCUCUCACAGACACGCAAAGUUUGAACAACUUCGAAGGCCCCGGCCAUUCCAAGCUCCCGAGCAUCGCCGACCCCUUCUCGGCUCGGAGAUGACGCCGCGUCGCCAUGGGACCCUGACCUCGACACUGCUGCUCGUCGCGGCCAAUGCGCUGAUCCCCGUUGCCAUAUUCGUGUUUGCCACCGGCUUCUUCCCGUACAAGCCCCUUUUUUCGGGUCUCGCCGGGUACGGCCCGCUGCCUGAAUAUGGCGACCCUCCAGCGCCGCCCUUUGACGCGCUGGUCUUUAUGGUAGUCGACGCGUUGCGCAGUGACUUUGUCUAUGCCGAGAAUAGCGGAUUCCAGUACACGCAGGAGCUGAUCCGCAAUGGCGGGGCUAUGCCCUUCACGGCUCAUGCGACGUCUCCGACCGUCACCAUGCCUCGGCUCAAGGCCAUAACGACGGGGUCGAUUCCCUCGUUCCUCGACGUCGUCCUCAACCUAGACGAGGGCGACGGCUCGUCCAGUCUGGCGUCGCAAGACUCGUGGCUGGCCCAGAUGAAGGCCAAGGGCGCCGGGAAGCUCGUCAUGUAUGGCGACGACACAUGGUUGAAGCUCUUCCCUGGAAUCUUUGAUCGAUCCGAGGGGACGACGAGCUUCUUUGUCUCGGAUUUUACCGAGGUUGACAACAAUGUCACCAGGCACAUUUCAGACGAGCUUGCUAGGGAUGACUGGAACACAAUGGUCCUUCAUUACCUGGGGCUCGACCACAUUGGACACAAGGGCGGUCCGAGAAGCUCUCACAUGAUCGGGAAGCAAGCAGAGAUGGACGGCAUUGUCGAGCAGAUCUUCAGUGCUAUCGAGUCCCAGAACCAUCUUCAGUCGACCCUUUUUGUUGUCUGUGGUGACCAUGGCAUGAACGAUGCCGGCAACCAUGGCGGCUCGUCCUCGGGUGAGACAUCACCAGCAUUGGUUUUCAUGUCGCCAAAGCUCAGAGCCCACAAGACCGGCUUGCAGUCCCCUCUGCCGGAGCAUGAAAGCUUUCAGUACUACACAGCUGUCGAGCAGUCAGACCUUGCACCGACCUUGGCCGCUUUGCUAGGCUUUCCCGUCCCGAAAAAUAAUCUAGGGGCGCUGAUCCCCGACUUCCUUUCGUUUUGGCCCAACGUAAACGACCAGGCCCAGCUCUUGAUGCGGAACGCCUACCAGAUCCUGGACAUUAUAAAUGCGACGUUUGGGCGAGAAGUCUUUGAUCUGAACCCAACAUCAGAGGCUUGUACCGCACCCGAGACCGAUUACCAAGAGCUUGCGUGUGAAUGGCAGCAAGUGUCUCUGAUGGUCAAGUCAAUAGAGGCUGCUGACCAGAUCAACCCGGAAUGGGUAUAUUCCAUGUCCAAGUGGCUCAGCAGGGCUCAAAGUAUUAUGAGCGGAAUGGCCAGCAAUUACGACGUUUCUAGACUCGUGUUGGGACAAGUCAUUGCUGCCGUUGCUGUGGUGUGCGCAUUAACCGCUGUAGGCCUGUGUAUUCCAGAAAAAGCAGCUUCGUUUAUUCCAUUGGGAGCCAUCACCAUCGCAUACGGGAUAAUGAUGUUCGCCAGCAGCUAUGUCGAGGAGGAACACCAUUUCUGGUACUGGGCGACGAGUGCCUGGCUCGGGUUUCUUGCCUUGAAGAGGGCCCGAGGGUGCGUUCCCUUUCGUUACUGUGCCCAUGGCCUCGAACUGACGCUUUGUGGUAGAAAAAACCAUUGCAACUCGCGGGUGCCCCGUGAGCUACUAGCCCUCCUAGCUUUAGUAUGCACACGGCAGCUCAGGUCAUGGAACCAGACAGGCCAGAAAUUCGCAGGCGAGCCAGACACGGCAAAGUACUUGGUUACCAGGGACCCAACUGGACUCUGGCUGCUCGUCGGUGCAACAUAUUUCUGGAUAUAUCGGCAGUUAAGCCAGAGAUUAGAUGGCCUGCCCGCACCACUUGGGAUCGCAUGCGCUUCUGCGCUUGUCCUGGCAGCCCUGACAUUCAAGGUGGCAUUCACGCAAGAAGACGCUCCCGAACUCGUCACCGGUCUCGCCAAGAUAUUCAUGGACUUCAACCCUGCCCAAGGGCAGUCAUUGAUAUCCCGCGCUCGAACCGUCUUCCUUGGCCUUGGGCUUGCGACUGCCUGCGCACUUUGCUUCAUUGUUUCAAGGAGGCGACUCUCUGUGAAACACCCAACCAUCGAAACGAUCCAUUACCUCUACGUCCUGCUCGCCAUGACGCAGUCGCGGCUCACAAAUAUACCGCUGUUUCUCACGCUCGCCGCCCAGCACGAGUUCCUCGGCUCCCUAGACCUGAGGCCCAUCGAGCUUAGCACGUCGUCGCUGCUGCUGCAGCACAUGGCCUUCUUCACCUUUGGCGGCUCCAACGCCAUUUCGUCCGUCGACCUCUCCAACGCGUACAACGGCGUCGCCGACUACGACGCCGCCGCCGUCGGCUCCCUGACCUUUGUCAGCAACUGGGCCGGACCCAUCUUCUGGACCUCGGCCACCACGCUGCUCCUGCUCUGCCAGAGGAAGCGCAGAGGCACCACCACUGGCACCGGUUCUGGUGAAGCAGUAGGAACAGCGCUGCCGCGAGGCCGCGACUUGUUCUCAGGUCACGUCGCCCUGCUGACCGUCUUCGCCACCUGCAGCGUCGCCGCCGUCAUGGCCGCCUGCACGGUGCUGCGCACCCAUCUGUUCAUAUGGACCGUCUUCUCGCCCAAGUACCUGUAUUGCAUAGCCUGGAGCGUGGGGCAGCACCUGUUGGUUAAUGUUGGCGUGGGCGGGCUGCUGUUUGGUCUCGGCUCUUUAUAAGCGAGUGAUAAUCAAUAAACGGUUGGACGUGAUAAGUGUUGGUAGAAAAAGGGUUGGCAUUUCCGGGACGAUAUUACUUGGGAUAGAAGACAAGCGGUUCUUUUUGCAUGCACGCACUGCUGGUAUCAAAGUCUGUUCCUUGUGUGCUGUGUGCUGUUUAUGUCACUAAGCCCAAGGGCUUUACGCUGUAAUUGUCGUUGUACUGUAAAUCAUCAUAGUAUUGUGGAAAUAUCAUAUACGUACGGCUCAUAGAACAAGAACAAAACGAACAAACAAACAAACCAAAAA